AUGUCUGCUUCUCUUCGCCAGAAAAUUGAUCAUGAAUGGCCAGCAUUUUCUGCUACCACUCCACUGUUUCUCAAGAUGAUCCUAGACGACACUUCUAGAGACACAAACUUAAUACAGAAGAGUUUCGUGAAGAAGUAUGAAAAACAUCUAUCAAAUCCAGUACAUUUGAAGCUUCCAAGUGGUUCAGAAUGGGAAGUAGAAGUGACAACAUGUGAUGGUGAGGAUGGCUCCCUAGUUUUCAAAUAUGAUGGGAACUCAAAAUUCCAAGUUUGCAUAUUGGAUGCAAGUGGCACAGAGAUCGACUAUCCCCUAGCGUUGCCCGUGAUGGAAGAAACCAAUGAGGAUGAUGAAAAUAACUCUGUUGAAAUCUUGGAGGAUUAUGAUGAUGAAAAUGAUAAUUCUGCUGAAAUUUUUGGGGAUUAUAAACCCUGCCCAAAAACAAGGCAGAAGUCUGUUCCAUUGUCAUGUCCUCUGCCUCGCAAGAAAACCAGAUUAAGUACUCAUUCUUCACCCGAAAUAUCAUCAUCUUCAUCUAAGAGGGUUGUUGAAGCUGCCAACAAGUUCAUCUCAAACCAUUCCUUCAGAGUCACUGUGGGCUCAUCCCUUACGCCGCAUGUACCAGUUAGUUUCUCCAAGCAUUUCAUUAAAUUGGAGGAACAAACCGCCAAGCUUCUGGUCAGAAAGAAAUUGUGGUGUGUGAGUUUGAUUGCUCAUUCUGUUAACACAUUUCCAUUUUCUGUUGGCUGGGCCGCUUUUGCAAGGGAAAAUUGUUUGAGAGCAGGAGAUGUUUGCAUCUUUGAGCUUGUCGACAAAAACGACAUUUCACUGAAAGUUCACAUGUUCAGAUGCUGA